AUGCGACUCGUCGCAUUCACCUCUUGCCUUUGUUUCGUGGCGGUUGGAAUUGAGGCGCAGGCUCAGGUAUAUCCUUCCUGAACUAAUAAGAUUUCUUCUGUUACUUUACAUUAUUUUUUGGGGAGAAAAAAGCUCAUUUAGAUUUUCCGACCGACGCAGCAGCAAGUAAGUGCCUCGCGGUACCCUCUGCCUCGGCGGCGACUUCUGCGAAGCGCCCAUGCCGAAGGAGCGAAGCAGUUUCGCGACGCGAAGCCUGUGUCCCUGGAUCGUCGCGACGGCGCCGAGCCGCGGCUUCUCCGUGCUACGGGCCGUUUCCACAGGCGUGUUCAAUCGGCAACAACUCACGAAAUCGCGAGUGUGGCUCUUCCUCAAGGUAUACCUAAUGAUAAAGCUCCAGACUUAGUGAUAACUGCGAGAUUCUGCUACAAGAUUCCUUUUUCUUCAGAACCUCAUAUGUUUUAUUUUAUCAGAUAGAUACAAUUGUUUGUCAGCAAAGUCGCCCAGAAUUUUUUGACCUACCUAGAAUUUUAGACUGGCUGCAGAUAGUUUCGUACAGCUACGACCCUCGAAACCACCAUGAGAAAAAGCUGGACGAAGACAAAAUUUUGAGCUCGGAUGUAGUGGAGGUAUGCAGAAAAAUUAAUUUUUUAUAACCUCUCAUAUUUGAGUAUGCCAAGGACUUUGAAAGAACCACCGUGGCUGUCAAAGUUAUGGACGAAAUUUCGACAACACCGCUUCCUAGUUCUACGGAGUCUUUCAACUCGAUAAACUCGCUUGAAGUGCCUGGCCGUCCCCAGUUCUUCCAGCAGGUGGGACUGGAAACGUUUCAUCGAAACUCUGUCCUUCAGCUUGUUUCCACUUCAACCAUGACUUUUUUUAGAGCUUUCAAGAAGAGAAUGAGAGCGCAGAACUGAAGCAACCACCUUCAAUCUUCACUCAGGUACAGUUCAAUUAAAAAUCCUUCUCUAAAAAAUUAUUCAGGGCAGUAUUCUCGUGAGGCCAGCCGUCGAAAAAAGCGAGACUUCGGCUGAAAAGCAACAUCUUUUCACGCCUCCGUCGCCUCCCAGCUCACCUCCGACCAUGUCUUUGCUGCCGAAUCCGCUCCUCGGACCUCCUCUUGGCCUUCAGCCAAACCCCAUCUUUGCUCCGAAUGGUCACAAUACCCUCGGAGCGGCCAACUUCCAGCCGACCAAUCCUCUGGCUCCUCCCGUCAUCAAUCCAGCUCAAGGCAACGUUCAAAGUACUAUUCUACAGCCGGCGAUCCCUCAGGUUCUUUUCUAUUAAAUAUUGUUACUCAUUUCGUGAAAUAUUCUGAUUUCUCUGUGCCAAAAAGAUUACCGAAAGUCCUAAAUUUCAUAGAGAUAAGAACAGGGAGUCCCAAACUACUUCAAAAAUUAAUUCUGGAAGUUUUCUAGAGAUGAGAAUUGACAGAGUCAAGCUUUCAAGAGAUGAUUUCUAGAAAUGAAAAUUAGCAGUCCUAAAUUUUGUAAGAUGAAAACUGGAUGUUCUGAUUUCUAUAGAGAGAAUUGCCAGUCCCAUAGUUUCUGCAGAUUUUAUGCAGAUUUUUGAACUUUAUUAAUAUGAGAAUCGGCAUACAUAUGUAAAUAUAUUUUAUGGUGAUAAGAAUUUGCAGUCCUAAAUUUUUUGAAUCUAAAUUUCACCUCAUUUUUUUAAUAUUGUAAACUUUUUAGAGAAAUUUUCUAGAAACUAGCAGAUUUGAAAUAUUCCUUGUUACAUUUUUAAAAGAUUUUAGUAUUUUUUACUAUAUUACUUGUAAUUUUUUUCCAUUUUUUCUAACUUAUUUUUUCGAAUUCCAGACUCAACCACAGCCAGUGUAUCCCAACAGCCCAACUGGUCAAAUCCAAGUUUACCCUGGACAGGUUUCAUUUUAUUUCAUUUCUCUAUGAAAUUCACUCUUCAAAGUUUUCAGGCUAGUUCAUCUGAACAAAAUGUACACCGAAAUUUGCACGGACCUCGUCAGCCCAGUGGCACACUGUCAGGAGUAGGUUUUUUGAUAAACUUAUUUUUUUUCCUUCUUCGAGAUUGGGAUGAGAAAUCGAUUGAAAAUGAAUUUUGAGAAAACUGAAAGAAAUAAAGUGCUUCUAGAUCGCAAACUCGACCUACGAACAACUCGGUUGCGGAUUUGACUGGCUGACGAACCAGUGCAAAGACGUCUUCAACCUUGGAUGGUAAUUAUCUUAUGUUCAAGGCGAAGUUCCAUUCUUCGCGAUUUAAAACAAUCUAGCCUAUCUAUGACCUUUUUCUCCCUCGAAAGCGAGAAAGAAAGACAGAACAGAAUGCUCUUUCUGAGAAACUCAGUUAAAUGUUCAGGUGCGGAAAGUGCCACGAUUUCGGGAAUGUCUUCUUGCACGACUGCAAAUGUGUGGCUCCUCUGACGUCACUCUCCCCUUCGCCGCCACCCAGACAUCCCAACUUUUUCUGGUUCCUCUAG